AACAGCAGUCCGGCAUUUGACGUGGUCGCCUAAGAGGUGGGGCCUCUGGCGGGGGCGCCAGGAAACCCCGUGGGCCGGCUCCUUGCUUUCCUUUCCGAUCCGCCAUCUGCGGUGGAACCGCCGCCAGGAUGCAGAUUUUCGUGAAAACUCUUACGGGGAAGACCAUUACUCUCGAGGUUGAACCCUCGGAUACAAUAGAAAAUGUGAAGGCCAAGAUUCAGGACAAGGAAGGAAUUCCUCCUGAUCAGCAGAGACUGAUCUUUGCUGGCAAGCAACUGGAAGAUGGACGUACUUUGUCUGACUACAACAUUCAAAAGGAGUCCACUCUUCAUCUUGUGUUGAGACUUCGUGGUGGUGCUAAGAAAAGGAAGAAGAAGUCUUAUACCACUCCCAAGAAGAAUAAGCAUAAGAGAAAGAAGGUUAAACUGGCCGUCCUGAAAUACUAUAAGGUGGAUGAGAAUGGCAAAAUCAGUCGCCUUCGUCGGGAGUGCCCUUCAGAUGAGUGUGGUGCUGGAGUUUUUAUGGCUAGCCACUUUGACAGACAUUACUGUGGCAAAUGUUGUCUGACUUACUGCUUCAACAAACCAGAAGACAAGUGAUUAUAUAUGAGUUAAUAAUAAAAGACAUGAACUAA